UCAGUCAAAGUUAGAAUGCCAGCUAGAAGUGAACUUAUUUUAAUACUGGGCUUCUGCCUGCUCUUCCAUUUGCUGGGUACUCAUGCCCGACCCUCAGAGCAGAGUCCUGCGAAACCGAAACGGGAUGCCUACGACUGGUUUUCCAGCAUACUAGGAGAUUACUUUGAUGACAGCGAUGGUGACUCAGAGGAGAUCCUCAUUUGUCGCAACUGUACAGUUGUAAUUGAUCAAAAAGGUCCGAGUCAAGCUGCUGAGACAACUGCUGCUCCAGUAGGGGCUCCUGCAGUAGCACCAACUGCUGCCCCUGCCGCUCCUCCUGCGGCUGCCCCUGGCGCUCCUCCUCCGGCUGCACCUGCUGCUCCACCUGCUGCUACAGUAGCUCCUGCCCCUGCAGAUGCCACAACCGCAGCUCCGGCGGCAGCGGCUUCAGAGGCUACAACAUCAGCUCCUUGAGGAUAGUUAUUCUCUGCCAUUAUCUACAACAUAAGUGCUCUAUUCGUAGGUUUGAAAACGGGAUUCGGUAUACGACUUUUGUUAAUAUUUGAAUAAAACUUGUGCUCGGUGAAGAACACAGAGCCAAGAACUCCCACAGA